AUUACAGCAAUAUGCUUUCAAAUUUUCCUGUACAGAAAUAUUAUAUAAAAGUGAUAAGAAGCUGAAUUCGAUAUUUAUUUUGCGUGUUUCUUUCCAUUAAUUAACAUGGUUGUUGAUUCAACUGAACACAAAUCCAGUUUGAAACAGUACUUUCCACAAUUUUGUGCUGCCACGACAGGUACUCUUUUUGCCAUAUCGGAUGGUAUGACCUAUGGCUGGACAGCCCCUUAUAUCCCUUACCUCAUCAGCAACGAAAGCCACAUAGUAACGACGAAGAGCGAAACAGAAUGGCUAGAAACAUGUCUCCUGAUUGGUGCCUUAUGUGGUCUACCUCUGACCAUCUAUUCAGUAGACAGAUUCGGCCGCAAGAAAUCACUGCUCUUCGCUUCCAUCACCAUCUUCAUAGCGUGGGUACUAAUCGCCUUCGCCGAUCGAAUGCUCUACCUCUUCAUCGCCAGAUUUCUAUCAGGAAUGGCAGGUGACAUGGCCUUUGUUGCAGCUCCCAUGUACAUGGCGGAAAUGGCUGACCAACAGAUCAGAGGUUUUCUUUCUGGCAUCAUCUACAUCAUGGUCCACAUCGGAUCGCUAGUGGUAUACUGCUUUGGACCGUUCACACCUUUCUACGUCACCCCACUCAUAGGCUCUGCUGUUGUAAUAACACAGCUGUCAGUGUUCACGUUCAUGCCAGAAACACCUUACUAUUUGAUGUACAAGAACAGAAGGGAAGAAGCCAGGAAAGCUUUGGAAUAUUUCAAACCUUACUGCGAUAUCGACAAAGAGCUCGACGAGAUCAGUACCAGUCUGGCUAAGCAGAAGGCUGACAAAGGAAGGAUGCAAGACCUCGUACUGGUCAAAAGCAACAGAAGAGCAAUAGUGAUAAUGACUAUCCUAAAUACCGGGCAACACCUCUUGGGAUACACAGUCAUCCUUAUGAAUCUGCAUAUCAUCCUUGAGUCGGCUGGAUCUAUUUACAUGGAGUCAUCCCAUGCAGCUAUCCUUUUUGCUGGAAUAAUGCUGAUAUCAGCCAUAUUCAGCUCUUUGCAAGUUGACAAGUAUGGCAGGAAAGUCUUGCUUAUCAUAUCUAGUGUGUCGUCAGCUAUGUGUUUGCUAGCUAUCGCCAUAUACUUCCAUUUGAAGUCUACUGGAAUCGAUGUUCUUCCUGUGAGUUGGAUUCCAAUUGUUUCUGUGAUGGUGUACGGAGCGUUUUUCAAGAUAGGUGUAGGAAUGGUACCUAUUAUAGUGACAGCUGAAAUAUUUCCUUCGAAUAUGAAGGCAUUUGGUAUGACUAUAGCAGACGCCAUGUUCAUUAUCGGUGGUAUUGUGGGUAUCCAAAUUUAUCAAAGGAUGGCUGGACCUCUUGGAAUACAUGUUCCAUUCUAUUUCUUUGGCUGCUGGGGCUUUUUCGUAGCCAUUUUCACUCACUUUUUCAUUCCAGAAACAAAAGGAAAAUCACUCGAUGAGAUACAAUCUUUAUUGAAGGGAGAAGGAAAAAUAGUCCGUGAUAAUAAUACAGCUGUAGUAACAUGAAAUUUUCUUUAGUGACUGUUGAAAUACUCUCUCUGAUUGUCAUCAUUUUCAUGAACUACAUGUCGAUAUAUUGAUUUUAUUGAACUGUGUUUAUUUAUAUUGAUUAGUAGAGCUAUAUAAGAUAUUCAAAUCACAUACAGGACUUUGCGUAUACAGGAUAAUUUUUCACGUCAGCGGUAGAACCAGCUGAUAGAGGAGCAACCGAUCGUGCAUUACGAGUUCGAAAUUCCUUGUAUAUGUUGGCGUCAAUCAGUGAAAUCCGUCAAUCCUUGAAAUUCCUAGUCAUUCGACGUAUUGCAGGCAAACAGUUUAACUCUACGUUCAGCCAUUACUCUGUUUGUCGGCUGGUUGAGAAAGGAGAAUAUUCUUUCUACACAAGCAUAAAAAAUGAUACCAAUUUUCCUAAACCUAACCUAACCUAACUCGGCCUAAAUAAACCUUUUUCCUAGAGAGUACAUUUUUCGUGAAAUCAUUUGAGAGAACUAAAGUGACUACUUUUUCUAAACAACCUAACCUGACUCGGCCUACAUAAACCUUCCUUCCGUCAUUUCAGGAAAUGCCUGAAACAUUUAGGGGAACGGUGUACGAAAUGAACGGAAUGACGUAUUUCACAGAUUGACACCGACAUAUAUAUCAAUGAAGAAACAUAUUAUUUAUACACUGCAUAAUAAUAUGUACAUCAUAGAAAUCCACCUGUUGGGACUAGAUAAUAAAGUCGUAGUCCCAACACACUGAGGUAUAUUUGAUUUGAAUAUCUUUUAGCACUACUCAUUUGAUAAACUCUUUUAAGAAUGAAAUCAAACUGAACUUAUCCAAUGCUCAAGUAUCUGAAUAAACAAUGCAUUUUUCACCUUG